AUGAACCGCUGGACCCGGAAGAAGGAUGUUCCGAGGCCUAAACUUCACCUUUCGCAAAGACAAGCAAAAAAGUUGAACAUGAGAGAUGGAGAUGUGAGAGAGUCCGAGAAGACGCAACCAACAGCCUGCCACGCCUCUUAUCUCUGCUUGCAAGCUACACCGAGGCGCACCGCGUCACUGCAUAUUCAGCCACCAUGCUCAACAUUUAAUCGACAGAGACGACAACCGUUCUCGGGUGCUCGUUCACGGCACCCUGAGGGCGAUGAAGAUGAGAAUCAUCCGAAAGGACUUGGGCUUGGGCUCGAUCAGGCAGCGGAAAGGGAGCUCAUGCAAGAAAUCAACAACAACGUGCAUGAAAUCUCUCGGAUGGUGCAAGGCGAUUACCCAGAGCUACCACGUCUGAGAAAUACCUAUUGGGGUGAAGAUGAAGACGACGAAUUGAUGCGGGUGACGGAGGAUAACGACGAGGAGUUCCAUAACGAUGAUAUUACGUCUAUGGCACAUGCCGAACUCGAAGAACACCGUGAACACAGAGAAUAUGCGCGCAUUAUAGCAUGGGAUAUGCCAUCGUUGAGCGCUCUUGCAAAACCUUUCACCCUCCCACCAGAAACCCACAUUCUCCGUUUCCGACAAACCACCUAUCUAGGUGAAACCCAUCCUGCAGAAACAAAAGUAGUAGUCGAGCUAUGUUCCAAGGAUCUCGCGCCAAAAUACCUCACCGAAGAGCAAAGAAUCACCCUUCUAAAGCUAGUUGGAACACGCUACAACCCCGAUACCGAUAUCAUUCACAUGUCCUGUGAGAAAUUCCCUACCCGUGCCCAGAACAAGAGAUAUCUCGGAGAUUUGGUCGGCACACUCAUCAAGGAAGCGAAGGAGGGCGAUUCGUUCGCCGACAUCCCAUUGACUUUCAAUCACCAUAAGCCAAAGAAGAGAUACGUGUUCCCAGAAUCCUGGAAGGUGACCGAGGAGAACAAGAAGCAAAUAGAGGCAUCGCGGAAUUGGGUUGACGAUAUAUUGGCGGUUAAGGGGAUUGUGGACGGGAACGAAGUUAUUGCGCAUGCCGCAAAGACGCAACCUGCUCUAAACUCGAUAGAUCCAUUUGGCUCAUCAGCGCAAACCGUACCAGUUAAGAGAGGGCAAAAAGGCCGUGGCCCCAAGGCGAGGCAUUAA